AGGAGGAAGAGGAGAUCCAGUUUAUUACACAGAUUUCAGCCAGUCAGUUACCAUUGGAGAAAGUGUCCCAAACAGCGUGACUGUGACCCUGAAAUCUGAUUGGUCCACGGUGUACCCGGGAGAGAAAUUUACUCUUACAUGUGAGAUUCAAGGUGGAGACAUAGAAUGGGAGUAUGAAUGGCGAACAACCAGCUCAUACAAGCCUUCAAACCAGCAGAAACUCAGAGUUGACUCUGCUUCUCCUUCUCAUACUGGAAACUAUGCAUGCAGGGGCCGAAACAAAGGGGAGCAUCAGGAUUUAACCAAGUGGAGUGAGGCGUUCAACAUAACUGUAUCAGACACAGAUAAACCCGAGGCUGUCCUCUCUGUGUCUCCAUCAUGGCUGAGUCCUGGAGCCUCAGUGACUCUGAGCUGUGAGGUUAAACCUCYGUCUGCAGGAUGGAGCUUCUUCUGGUAUCAAGCUGUUCCCAAACCUAUUAGAAACACCUAUAACUUUGAGCUGCUGCCUGGUGGCACCAAUGGGACUUCUCAGCCUGCUAUGGCAGACACUGUCCAGAGACACCACACAGUUCUGACCAAUCCCACCUACUGCUAUGAGAAUUAG